CCGUUCGAAGGUCGCGAAAAUCAUUCUCUCCAGAAUCAUUCAGAAUGUCAGCCCAGAAAGCCUUGUCCCUUGCGGCUACUGUCCGUCUCUCGAGUGGAUAUGACAUGCCCAAACUGGGACUAGGCGUCUUCGAAAACUACGAUUGCAUCCCCGCGUGUCUCGCAGCCCUCAAGUGUGGGUAUAGGCACAUAGAUACCGCGAGAUACUACAAGAAUGAGGACCAGGUCGGUCAGGCCAUCGAGCAAAGCGGCAUUCCGAGAGAGGAUAUCUUUGUCACUUCGAAGGUCUAUGAUCAAGAGCACGGAUACGAGAGCACCGUCCGAGCAGUGGACGAUUCCUUGCGGAAGUUUAGCUAUGAGUAUUUCGAUCUUUAUUUGAUCCAUAGCCCGCUGUCCGGGAAGCAGAGGCGCCUCGAAACCUGGCGCGCACUCAUCGACGCGAAGAAAGCCGGCAAAGUCAGGUCCAUCGGCGUGUCGAACUACUCUGGAAGGCAUAUUGAAGAGAUACGGGCCGCCGGACUGGAGAUACCCGCCGUAAACCAGAUUGAGUUGCACCCUUUCUGCCAGCAGAGACCCAUCACGAAGUACUGCGAGGAAAAUGGCAUCGUUGUCCAAGCAUACUCGCCUUUGGUUCGCGGGCGGCUCGACCAUCCUGUGCUACAACACCUGUCUAAGAAGUACAACAAAGAUACGGCCCAGAUAGCUAUCCGAUGGUCGCUUCAGCAUGGCUUCGUCCCGCUUCCCAAGUCCUCACGUCCCGAAAGAGUCUUAUCGAACUCGGAAGUGUAUGACUUCGAGCUGGACGAGGAUGACAUGGCAGCUCUGGAUGCUCUGGACAAGGGUAAGGCGGGCGCGGUGACCUGGAACCCUGUUGACGCCCCUUAAAGACUCGCGGUUUCUCUGCUCAUUCUAUGCAGGGGUUCUGUACAGUCAGCUAUGACGGGUCGUCUUGUGUAAACAAAGUGUACGUUUCAUGAAGGUGAAGCGAC